UCGUAGCAUCUCAAGCAUCAUUUGAAAUUUGCAUUUGCAAAUAAAACAUUAAAGACAAGAAUAUUAUAUCAUAGAAUAAUAUAUUAAUUAAUGGAUUCCCUUCCGCACGUAGUAGAGGAUUGCAUGGGCUUCCUCCAACUCUAUAGUGACGGUUCCAUUAACCGUUCCAACAGCAUCAAAUUCCAAGUUCCCAUUAUCCAAGACAACUCCGUAACCUUCAAAGACACUCUCUUCAACAAAAAAUUCAACCUUUCUCUCCGUCUCUACAAACCCAACAACAACAUUAAAAAAAACAAACUUCCAAUCAUUGUGUUCCUUCACGGUGGAGGCUUCUGUUUCGGCUCACGUACGUGGCCCCACAUUCACAACUGUUGCGUGCGUCUCGCCUCGGCUCUUCAAGCGGUGGUGGUUGCACCGGACUAUCGCCUUGCACCGGAGCACCGUCUUCCUGCCGCGGUGGAAGACGCCGUCGAUGCGGUGAGGUGGAUUCAGAGACAAGGGUUGAGUUUGAAGGAGGGAGAAACAUGGUUGAGUGAGGACGUUGACUUUGACCGUGUGUUUGUCGUGGGUGAUUCUUCUGGUGGGAACAUUGCGCACCAGCUUGCGGUUCGGUUUGGUUCGGAUCCAACCGCUAUUGAACCGGUUCGGAUAAGAGGUUAUGUUCUUUUGGCGCCGUUUUUUGGCGGGGAGGUUCGAACCAAGUCCGAGGAAGGACCCUCCGAACCAACGUUGAAUCUUGACUUACUAGACAGAUUUUGGAGGCUAUCGAUGCCUGUUGGAGAGAGCAGAGAUCAUCCAUUUGCGAAUCCAUUUGGACCUAGCAGCCCAAAUCUUGAACAAUUGAAGCUUGAUCCCAUUUUGGUGAUUGUUGGUGGCAAUGAAUUGCUUAAAGAUAGAGCUGAAGACUAUGCUAAAAGGUUGAAAGGAAUGGGAAAAGACAUUAAAUAUGUUGAGUUUGAGGGGUGUGAACAUGGAUUUUUCACACAUGAUUCAUAUUCACAAGUUGCAAAAGAGGUCAUCCAUAUCCUUAAACGAUUCAUGCAUCAAAAUUCUGCUUAAUAGAAACUAAUUUAAGGCACGUAUGUAAAAUUAAUUAAUCCAUAUUUUUAGUCUAUAUUAAAAUAGUUUAUGGGAAUGAGUAAUGUCAUUGUUAUGGAUUUGUAGUUUUUCUUAGUGGAGUUCGUAGUGAUAACUACAAUUUUUAGUAUCAAUUGUAUAAGUUAUUAUUCGAGUGGAAAGCUUUAUAAAAUUCACAAUUUUAAGUGA